UGGAGGGAAAUUUAUUUAUUUAUCAGAAGGAAUAACCGCUUAUCAACAAAUUACACACAAUGGCCUACAAGUGGGUGCAAUCCUCGGCCUACUCCUCCAUUCCCGAGGAAGCAGUGGUCGGUGGCAACGAUGAGGAUGGCGCCAUGAUCUACGUGGGCAGAGCGGAGCACGAGGGCGACAUGUUGGUGUGCAAGGUGGUGCCCUCAAAGCAGCUUGGAUUCAUCUCACAGCGCGGCGAGGCCCUGCCAAAGGACAUUUUCGAGGUGCUAUGUGGCCAGAAUCUGGUGUGGAUCAAGUGCUACGACCAUGUGAUACCCGAGAAUGCAGUACUCUGCGGACGCACCUCCCUGGACCAGCCGGUGUACAUAGGACGGGGUCACUACGAGGGUCACCUGAUCAUCGGCAAGAUCUCCUCUGUGCACCGAGCGCUGUUCAUUGCCUUUCGCGGUGCCGAGCGUCGCCUGGAUUCCUAUGAGAUUCUGGUAGAAGAACGCCGUGUGGUUCCGGGCUGGCAGCUGCCACCGCCUCCUCCGCCACUGGAGGAAGCGGAGAAGUGUCCACUGACCCCACCGCCUCCGCCAUCGCCGCCAGCUCCUGUGCUGGCCGCCAAGCCGUAUCCCUAUCCGGACAUGGCGGCGAUGCCAUUUCCCAUGACCGACAGACCGCCGGCUUACACGCCCACACCCGAUCCGCUGCCUCCGGUGGGGGGAGUGAUGGUCAUGCCUGGAGCUCCACCACCACCGCCUACUCCGCCAGUUGGUGGUGUCCUGGUGAUGCCACCCCCUCCGCCGCCCAAGGCAACUUUCAUCCCAGCGGAGGUGAGCACUGCCCCGCCACCCCCUACGUUCAACCCCGCCGAGGUGUCUGUAACUGCCAUAUCAGUGCCCGCCGUGGGAUCAUCCUUUACGCCCGCCUCCACCUACGAUCCCUACGGAGCCAGUUGCUCCUCUUACACUCCCGCUGAAUACGCUGCUCCGUCGGCUUACGGUGGCUAUGGUUACGGCAACAACUACGACGUGUGGGUUUCCGCGGAGCCUGGUUACUACUACAACCCGGAUGCAGUCGUUGGAGGUCAUGACAGCAACAUGUCCCAGUUGCUGGUGUGCCGCGCCUAUUACCGUGGAGUCCAUGUCCCCGGCAAGGCCAUUCCCAGCCAGGGAUGCGCCUACAUAGCCCACGGUGGCCGGGAGAUUGUGGAGCCCUCCUACCAGGUGCUGGUGGGCCAGGGAAAGUACCAUUGGGUGCCUGCCUAUGGCGGAAACGUGGCCCCAGGAGCCGUCAUUGCGGGACGCACACCUAGCGGGGAGCCACUGUACAUUGGCCGGGGUCACUACUGCGGAUCCCUGACCCCGGGCGUGAUUGAGCAAUCCAAUCGUUGUCUGCAGAUCCCUUUCGGAGGACAGGAGAUCCGGCUGAGUAGCUACGAGGUGCUGGUGAGGAGUGACAUCUUCCACGGACAGCAGGCCAUUCGGUUGGUCUACUAAGAGAAGGGAGGGGAAGAGAAAUGCUGAGGAUUUGAAAUCAUUGGAAAUUGAGUACGAAGAUCUUUCACCAUUUCGUUGCAUACUUUUGGACUGCUUGUAAUUCAAAGACAUUUCUAUGGCAGCCUUGAAUAAAUCAUAUUCAUCUUCGAUCCGAUACUACUGAGAAGCAGCUAAAAAACCAAGGAUAUAUCAAUAAAUUAAUUAAUCUAGUCCGAUUCCCUCUAAAAUGUAAAUACCGGAGGCUUUACUCUACUUAUUCUUCCUUCAACGCCAUUAUAUCCAACAUUUAUUUAUUUUAUUUAUAAUAAUAUUGG